GCAUUUAAUCUUUAUUAAUAUAUCUGUGUAAAUCUUUAAACAUCAAUUUAGCACAUAGGGAUAGUAAGUAUUUGUGCUAUUCCCUGAUGCUAAAUUGCAUAGCCAUUUGUAUGCACUAGAGAUGGUGUAAAUGUGUAAUCCAUAAAGGUAACAUUGUUACGCUUAACGAAGUUAUGGGCCUUUAGUGAAACCUUGUCUGGCCCACUAAUCACAAAAAAAAAGGAAAGAGUGAGCCCAGACAUUUUGGGUCUUUUCUCGUAAGUCAACCAAUUGAAAUGAUUAAUAAACCCUAAUUAUGAAGAGCUUCUCUCAGUGACGACGACGAUGAUGAUCUCUCGUCGAUUAGCUUCCAAAUUCCUUAAACCCUUAUCUUCUUCUUCUUCAUCCCUCAACGCCUCUCUUCAUCAUCAUCUCCACUACUCUUCUCCUAUAAGAAACCAUUUGAUCCACGAAUCCAAAAUUAACAAACUAAGUCUCUUAAGAUCCUUCUCUGCUUUAGAGAAGCUGCGUUCUCAAACAUGGUCGUCAACGAGGUACUUCUCAACACCGAGCGGAGAAGCCAACCCGAAGCCGGAGGAGGAUCCGGCCAAAAUGAAGCAUCAGGAGAUCGAAGGCCCAACGGUGGAACGCGACGUGUCAGCGCUAGGGAACGAGACGAGACAAGUCUUCGAAGGGAUGAUGAAGAACAUGUACAGUCUAAGCGGAGCCAUGGGUCUUCUCGGUUUAACCCAAUUGAUCGUCGGAGGGACUAUUCUCUACGUGACUCGAUCGAAUCCGAUGCUGCAUGGCAUGACGAUUCAGAGCUGCGUGGCGUUCGGGUUCCCGUUUGCUGUGGCGUUGAUGCUGAGACGGUCGUUGAAGCCGAUGUGUUUUUUCAAGGAGAUGGAGGAAGCUGGGAGGUUGCAGAUUCUGACUUUGACGUUACAGGUUGCGAAGAGUCUUAAUGUGUUGUUCGUUAGAGCUCGUGUUGUGUCUAUCUUGUGCGUUGUUGGGUUGUCUUGUGGAAACGUGUUCCUCUUGUUGUCUCCGUGAAAAUGGAGCAAAUAUAUACAUUUUUAUUGUUGUUUUAAUUUCAUUACAAAAGAACACGUUAUCAAAUAGGUUUUGAGAAUGAUUAUUUAUAGAGAAAGAAAUAAAAUUUGAAAAUCC